CCUCACGUGACCACACCGUUUGCUGCCUAAAUGGCAAGGUUUUUCUCGUGAAGUCGCAAAAACAAACCUAGAUCUUUUCUCGUCAAUUUCCUUUUCCCUCUUCUUGGUGAUUCUUUUGGCUGGUGUCCCAAUUUUCUGCGCGGCCUACACAGCGACUCUCGAGCUCGAGUUGCUGAGCCUCGCCGUCGAUUUCGUCCCUUCUAAAUCCCCGUACUAGACAACAGCUUACCCCACUAAGCACAUCAUCAUCUAGAGGGGCACCGCGUCGGGACCGCGUCGUGCCCGUCCGACCUGUUCUGCCCGUCGAGCUCUACAGGGCGUCGCCGAGCUGCCUCUCUCAAUUAUUAUCACACGUGCAGAAUGAGCAAAACCCCAGACGUUCUGUGAAGAUGGCCAGCUUUCAUGGCGAGUAUCCGCCUGAUUACCUCGAGUCAGCUAUCAGUACUUGUCGGCGUCACCAUUCCCCACCCAUUGGGGUUGUUUCACCAUCCCGGCCCAACUUCUAGAGGAAUUGCCGACAAGCAACCAGUCGUCGAGCCUGGCACAGCUUCCCACCGAGAUUCUGCUCAUGAUAUUCGACCUUGGUGACCCCCUGGCUAAUGUCUGCCUGGCGUUGGCUUGUAAGCGCCUCCUUCACGUCUCGAGCAUGUUGAACUUAAGCAUCCCCUCUGCCAUCAAGCAUCGGGAUCUUUCCCCACCGCAGGACUGCAUAGCAAUGCGCUCGCUCGUACAUCUUAUCUGUCCGGUCAACGCGAGAGGCCAGCCCGUCAGAACACUAGCAGUCUGCUGUUACUGCUGUCGAUACCGGACGACGAAGAAGAGCCACUGGAAGAAGAUCAUAAAAGAGAAGUUCCCGGGUAACCGCUUGAUGCUGGAGGUCGUGGCCUAUCGGAUCAGUAGCUGGGCACAGCGUGAUUCCAUCCAGUGCCCGGAGUGUUCAUGCCUCGAGGAGCUGCGGUCCGGGACAUACUCUCUAAGGAAGAAAUGGUCGCUAACAUUGCGAUACGCCUCGAUGGUAUCGUGAUGACCAUGGGGGGCCGUAGAUUUACAAUCAUCCCACGAACGUGGAAUCCUUUGUUGGCUUCCUUCCUAUCCCUCUGCUUUUUUAGCUAGAGAAUGCCUCGACGGUCAAACAUAAUGAAAUAAACCCGACUAAGAAGAGAGGCUAAUUGACGUGUAUUGGCGAUGCCGCGACUAGGGAUUCUGGUUGCUUACUCCGUUUUCGGUGGUGCAUAAUAGGGGCAAAUUCAAGGGCGCCGGACCUCUUCCAUCAAGCACACACGCCAUCCGUGUUCACGAUCUUUAAUCCUCACCUAGGAACCCGAAAUGUUCGGUCAUUCAGCGUAUGAUUUUCUCUAGUUACAUGUUACUCGUAUACUAUUAUGUACUACCCUAGGUGUGCCCCCUUUUGAUCCGUAUAUCCAGUCGCGAAUUCAGAAUUGUCACCUCCCAUCGUCACCCUUCCCAGCCAGAAUGUCUCCGUGUCUAUUAAGAUAAAAAUGAGAAGCCGAAAGGCUAUGAAAUCUCCUGAACCAUUGGAAUAUCCCCCUCCCCCCCUAACAAAAACUCGUAUUGCCCAUUAUGUGUUUAACUUUCAAGCCCCAAAUCCGUCCAAACCCUCAAUCUCCCCGUCCUCCUCAGCAGCCAGCAUCUCUACAUUCUGGCAGAACAUCUCCAUCAUGGUAGCGACAGCGUCCCGCGAGAUCACCGACCCCGCGAAGACGAAGUCCACCCGCGCGCGUUCGCCGGCUGGCCCUUCGGGCAU